CUUUGUCUAACAGAACAUGAUAAAUUACUAUACAGCACAAGGAAAAAACAUCCAGGCUCAUAAAUUAGGUGUUGUGCUGUGUAAUGUCAUGACUCAGCACAUUUCCAUUGGUCUCCAGCCAAGUUCAGCAAUGUUAAAUAUUAGCUAAUUAGAUUAGAGACAUGCUAGAAGGUGUUGUUAGUUUGACUGGCUUAUCUGAGUUGAAAGCAGUUUUCAGAACUAAGCAUGGAUCAAUUUCUCACCUGAUGUCAUAAGAACAUUAGACCACGAGAAGUGCCAUAAUGGGUCAGAACAAUGGUGCAUCUAGCCCACAAUCCUGUCUCCGACAGGGGCACAUAUCUUCCUUGGCAUCUACCCUUUAUUGGUUUAGAGGUGCCAGAGGAAACAUCUCCAACCCUUCUGUUCAACAGCCAUUAAUGGACUUAUCUUCCAUGAAUUUAUUUAGUCCCUCUAUGAACCUCGCUAUACUAUAUGUCUCCACCACCUCCUGUUGCAAUGAAUUCCACAAGUUAACUACAUGCUGCAUAAAAAAGUACUUUCUCUUGUUAGUUUUAAAUCUGUCACCUACUAAUUUCAGUGGGUGCCUCCUAAUUCUAGUAUGCUGGGACCUGGUUUCCUGUUGGCUUGGUCCAUACCCUUCAUAGUUGUCUAGCCUUUAUCAUCUCCCCCAUCAGCCUUCUCCUUUCCAAACUGAAGAUUUUUAGCCUUUCCAGUAUUUCCUGGUAUGACAACUUUUCCAGAGUCCAGAUCAUUUUGCUUACCCUUCUCUGUACCUAUUCCAAUUAGACUAUGUCCUUAUUGAGAUGUGGGGAACAGAAUUUGCACAUAGUAUUGAAGAUAUGAGCAUGUUUAUGGGGAGCUUACAACUGUAGGAGAUUCACAGGCAGCCCACAAUGCUUGCAGGCCAAGAGUCAAGGAAAUACUUUUUAUGUCUAUACAAAAACUAGUCUUAGCCCUAAAGAACUGAAUGUAAAGAGACAGUGUUUUCAUGGCAGCUGAGUUCCAUCCUAACACUUCUCAAAUGAAUUAACAAUGACAAAUUAAUUGCAUUGUAGCACACAAGACAGGGGGCCACAGAUACAAGUAUUAUAUUUAAUGCAACACUGUAACACCCCAACUUAUUCUUAGUGAGAAACAUUGUGUGCCAGUAAAAGCAGCCAGUAUCUUUGUAUUUCAAUUGAUCUUGUUUAUUUAGAAGCCAAAAUAUGGUAGGUACGCUUGACUCCUAUCAAUUGAGUUUUAAAAUGUUGACCUGAAUCUUUAAUUUAGAGGAUUCACACCCCCAAUGAUAAAGCAGAUGAUAUACAUGUACACAGUGGUUUGGAUCAGAUAAAUUGAACACCAAUAGGAUUGAUAUGUAUGUAGAAGCAACAAUGGAUCUGAAUGACCUCAUCAUGCGCCAUCCCAUGCAACCACCUGAGGGAAGAGAGAAGAAUCUUGCCUUAAUUGUGGAUAAGGCCACCAAUAGAUACUUCCCUGCCUAUGAAAAGGUUUUGAAAGACCAUGGACAAGAUUAUCUUGUUGGCAACCAGUUCAGCCGCGCAGAUGUACAAGUGCUUGAAACCAUUUUAAUGAUGGAAGAGAUGAAACCAGAUAUACUUGCCAAGUUCCCACUCUUACAGGGUUUUAAAGCAAGAAUAAGUAACAUCCCAACAAUAAAGAAAUUUCUGCAGCCUGGCAGCCAGAGGAAAUCAAAAAUAGAGGAAAAAAUGGUUCCCCAAGUGAUGAAAAUUUUCUACGGUUAAUUUGUGACAUGACUUUAAAUGAUGGCAACCAUGUUACUUGCUGUAUUUUUGCAUUAACUGUUAAAACUAAAGUGCAAUUAGCUCACACUGUGUAAAAAUUAUAGCAACAAAAUCAGUUAAGACAUGGUAAACAUUGCGUGCAAAUGUUUCCAAAGUAAAUCUGCCUGCUUGCAGUCACGUAUGAAAGGGCUGAUUGACUUACAGCAUACACAAAACAGAGGGAUGCCUUUUUAGAAUUUCUUCUGAAGAGAAUAAAAUGAAAUAAAC